AUGUUGGCCGCCACGAAGCGGUGGUUCCGCCGCAACCGAACACCUCUCGCCAUCGGUGCUGGUGUUAUCGGCGCCGGCUAUGUUGUCACCAAUUAUGUCUUGGGCAAACUCCAGGAUGCGCGCGAGCGCAUGAGCAGCGAUCGCAUCGCCAAGGAGAAUCUGCGACGACGAUUCGAACAAAACCAAGAGGACUGCACCUUCACCGUCCUCGCCCUCCUACCUACCGCCACGACAAACAUCCUCGAGGCGAUGAACACAGAGAGAAUCACAUAUGAAAUCCAACAGAUGAAAGGUUCUGCCGUAGCCAGGACGAAGAGCAUCGGAUCAACAAGUCCACCCAGCCUUUCCGCAGAGACAGAUGACGAUGGAAGGAGCAUGUUCAGCGUCAGUGUCACAAGUGACGCCGGCCUACAAACAAGUCAGCUUGCUGUCCCAACCUCCAUAGCAGCUGCCAUCUCAGGGGACGGCAAUGUCCCUGUCGACGGUGCCCAAGAAGGCGAUGCCCUUUCAGUACCCCCCAAACCAAAAAAGACCAAAAGGCAACUCUGGAAUGACCUCACCAUCAGCUCCAUCACCCGAGCCUACACUCUCCUCUACACGCUCUCCCUCCUAACCAUGCUAACCCGCAUUCAACUCAACCUCCUUGGCCGCCGCUCCUACCUCUCCUCGGUCGUCUCCCUCGCCACCGGCUCCGCCCAGCAAACCAUCUCCCUCGAAAACAACGACGACGACGGCAACAAUCCCGAGCACUAUUAUGGUUCCGACUUUGAAGUCAACCGCCGCUACCUCACCUUCUCCUGGUGGCUUCUCAACCGCGGCUGGGUAGACGUCAUGCAGCGUGUAGAGACUGCCGUC